AUGGCUCCUUCAACCCAGGACUCCAACGAAAUCGGAAAUCCAGAGAAGUGGGAGACCAAUUGGCAGACGACUAGUGGGAUGGCUUCCCCAAAAGUGCCUUCAAGUGAUACCGAAAAUACUGAAAUACCAGCAAUGGGCUCUCCUGAACCUUCACCACAAGAUACCGCGAAACAAGAACCGCAUUUCGUAAAACUAAAUACCGCAGAGAAACGACGCUUCAAAAAGGCCUUGGCUGAGGGUCUUAGCCGUAAAGAAGCCUUGGAAAGAGCCAAAAAGCCAGAAGAACGAAAAUAUCCGCUAAAAAGAAAUUUUACUGCUGAAAGAUAUUCUAGAGAAUCAAUCAAGAAAUCUCGUCUAGAAUCCUGCACCAUAAAUAUGGGUUUAAUGCCUCGGGAUCUCUAUCAAAAUCCCUUUACCACCGAAGAUUUGGAUAGGCUUCAAGAAGCCAUCAUAGAUGCUGCCAUUGAGACGGGUUGUGAAAUAAAACCACAAUUUAAGGGAUGCCAUCCACGGCGAGGCUGGCUUAUGGUCAGCUGUAGUAAUGCAAAUACUGCAGAGUGGCUUCAAAUGAAUGUAGAUAUUAUAAAAAGUAAAUCUGAUUUAGAUUUGCAAAUCAUUGAGGAGGCAGAUUUUCCUCAAACCUAUUAUGUCCAUGGCACAUUUCCCAAUAGUCAAGGUUUGGCCAAUUUCAAAAUCUUGGGUACAAUUGAGGCACAAAAUCAACUGAAAGCCACCUCAUGGAGAGUUUUACAACGAAAAUGGUCGGAGGGCUCAAAUGUGGAACUAUCCCUGGCAGUCGACAAAAAAUCAUGGCAAGAGUUGAGGAAAAUCAAGGGUCACAUUGCCUAUCGAUUUGGUCACAUCCAUUUGAAAUUGCAGCAAAAUCACGAAAAGUCUUCUCACAAAAGGUCAGGAUAUUCGGAAAAGCCUUCACCGGAUUCCGUAAGACAUUCAACAAGUCAAAAAUUCACAGAAAGAAAGUCUUCAAAUGAAACAUCCACAUUUUCGGAAUAUUCUUCUCAAGAUUUCUCAGGACCCUCAACAAGUCAAGAAGCCAGCUCGAGGAAUUUCUACAGCAGUUCUUACAACCAGACUCAAAGCAGAAACCCUUUUGCUUCCCCCGAGCCAAUUUUUAGCACUGCUCCAGCCUGGUCACAGCCACCACCACAAGCUCUGUUGCCACAAUUUUCCCAACAAAAUCGUUCAUGGCAAGGUGACGCCUCAAUCCAAAGAUUCUCCUCACAUGAGGCUUCCAGAAGACCCUCCUCUACAAAUAUCCACAAUUCACAACUGCCUUACAAUCGCCGUGACGACCAUUCUCAAUCACGAGAUCGUCAUUAUAGUAGAUAA